AUGGAAGACAAUGCUUUGUGGAGAUUGUCACUCCGAAGCUUUUCACCGUCAACUAAAAAUGAAAGGCAUAAUAGAAAGGAUAUAAAUACGACAGAUAGAAAUCCCUCAAAAGAACUGGAUAAUUUAUUGAGGAACACAGUUUCCGGGAAAGGCAAAGAAGUCUCAAAAGUUAAAAAUCAUGAAGACUACGUGGAUGAGAUUGUCAUUCUCAAGCGAAAAAUCGCUUUGCUGGCUACACAAAAUAAAGACUUGAAUUCACAGUGUCGUCUUUUGAAGGAAAAUUUAGCUAAGAAGGAUAAUGAGUUAACGAAACUAAUUAAUCCCAUGGAGAAUUCAAAGAUGAUGCAAAAUACAGGUGGUAGCAAGCAGAGCUUGCUGAGAAAUAUCCGCUCACUACAUCAAAAGCUUUUCAAGCUGGAAACUCAGUUGCAGGAAAAAGACGCUCAAUACAACAAUUUAGUAACAGAUAUGAAGUUUACACGAACUGAAGAGAUGCGGAUACAACUUGAAGUUGCAUAUUCGGAAAUUCAACGACUGAAAGAACAGAUUCAUAUUUUAACUUUAGAACAGUGUUCAAAGAAAGAAAAGCCAUCGAUAAAAUCUAGAAGAAGUUGUACGGGUGAGAACAAUGAGUUGAAUGGUCGACUUCGAACCCUAGGAAAGGUGAUAAAAGAGUUGGACCAGCAAAAACAAGAGCUUAUUGCAAAGAACCAUUGCUUAGUGAACAAAAUACAAAAAUUGUACAAAUGUUUGUCAAGUGAUAUGAAGGAAGAUAUCACUCCUUACCGUGCGUCUGAAGAAGAGCGUAAUCCACAGGUUGAAAAAUCUACAAAGUCUGCAGAUGACUAUCUGGUUGCAACCAUUGUCGAAAGUACAGUAUCUCAGAAGGUGGCAAAUGAAAAACCAAAGGUAUCAGUAAUUGUUCGACAAGAUGAAAAAACUAUCAAAGAAUUAGCUGCAGCUAAAACACAAAUUGAGAAUUUGCAACAUUUAAACAAGACCCUGUCGGAUGCAAACGAGAAAAUGAAAACUCAGUAUGAACAAAUCCUGAAGGAGGUGAAAGAGCAAGAAGCUGAAAUUCAGAAAUAUCAGAAAAGAAUUGUAAAAGAAACUGGAUGUCAAACGGAAAAACAAACUAGUGAACAGAAAGAAAAGGACGAAAAUUCUAAAGGCGAUGAAGCAACUAGUAAAACCAGAAAGGAGGAAAGUCACAGUGUUAGAGAAGAGAAUAUACACAUACGAAGAUUGCGGAGUGGUGACGAAGACAGAAGUGUUGAUCAUAAGUAUGAACAGGAUAAAGUCAAAAUGAAGCAAGAUGUUCAAGAACAAAAUAGGCUUAUUAUUCAAAGUAACCUAAGUGAUUCACCUGUGAGUAGCCUUUUGAGUUUGAAAUGUGACUAUUGA